CAGACUCAAACACCACACGCACACACUGCCAGAGCAAAUCGAGGAAGGUAGGAACAAUAUCCGCCUUUGCCCGAACGGGUGGCUGCGGCGCAGGCAAUCGUCUUAUCCCCCGGCCGCCCGUCCCGGCGCCACAAGCCCAAGCCUCUCCCGGCCCGAUCCACCGACGGCCGCAUAAAUAUACAGGCUCACCACCUGCUCCUUUCCGCCUAGCAUCAGCAGAAGGAGCAAUGGCCGCCCAUGCUGCUCUCGCCGCGUCCCGCAUCCCCACCGGCCGGCUGCAGCACGGCAAGGCCGCCUCCUCCAAGCUGCAGAGGCUGGACUUGGCCGACUUCUCCGGGCUCAGGCCGGGGUCCUGCUCCGUGAGCGUCGCCGCCACCAGGGAGGCCUCCUUCUCCGAUGUCCUCGGCGCCCAGCUCGUCGCCAGGGCGAGCGGAGAGAACGCGGUGAGGGCGCCGGCGGAGGCGAAGCUGAAGGUGGCCAUCAACGGGUUCGGACGCAUCGGGCGCAACUUCCUCCGCUGCUGGCACGGCCGCGAGAACUCCCCGCUCGAGGUCGUCGUCAUCAACGACAGUGGCGGCGUCAGGAACGCGUCCCACCUGCUCAAGUACGACUCGAUGCUGGGCACGUUCAAGGCGGACGUGAAGAUCGUGGACAACGAGACCAUCAGCGUCGACGGCAAGAACAUCCAGGUCGUCUCCAACAGGGACCCGCUCAAGCUGCCAUGGGCCGAGCUCGGCAUCGACAUUGUCAUCGAGGGUACCGGAGUGUUCGUGGACGGCCCCGGCGCCGGGAAGCACAUCCAGGCCGGCGCCAAGAAGGUCAUCAUCACCGCCCCGGCCAAGGGCGCCGACAUCCCGACCUACGUCCUGGGUGUCAACGAGGAGGGCUAUGACCAUGACGUCGCCAACAUCGUCAGCAACGCUUCCUGCACCACCAACUGCCUCGCGCCAUUCGUCAAGGUCUUAGACGAGGAGUUCGGAAUCGUGAAGGGAACCAUGACCACAACACACUCCUACACUGGCGACCAGAGGCUGCUGGACGCGUCGCACCGCGACCUGCGGCGUGCGCGGGCGGCGGCGCUGAACAUCGUGCCGACGAGCACGGGAGCCGCCAAGGCGGUGGCGCUGGUGCUGCCGCAGCUCAAGGGGAAGCUGAACGGGAUCGCGCUCCGUGUGCCGACGCCCAACGUCUCCGUGGUGGACCUGGUCAUCAACACGGCCAAGACGGGCAUCACGGCCGACGACGUGAACGCGGCGUUCCGCAAGGCCGCGGCGGGGCCUCUCAACGGCAUCCUCGACGUCUGCGACGAGCCGCUCGUCUCCGUCGACUUCCGCUGCUCCGACGUCUCCUCCACCAUCGACGCCUCGCUCACCAUGGUCAUGGGCGACGACAUGGUCAAGGUCGUCGCCUGGUACGACAACGAGUGGGGAUACAGCCAGCGCGUGGUUGAUCUGGCGCACCUGGUGGCGAGCAAGUGGCCGGGAUCGGAGGUGAAGGGCACCGGCGACCCGCUGGAGGACUACUGCAAGACCAACCCUGAGACCGACGAGUGCAAGGUGUACGACUGAGCUUCAGCUCGUCUCAGCUCAGAUCGGGGUGUUGUAGGUCACCGAGGCUGUUCUGAGAUUGCGACCAAGCACGUACAUACAUUGUCCUCUAUAUGUCAGGAUUCCGGCGGAACAAACUAAAAUCUAGUACUGCUCUUGGAUUGGAUCUCGGGUGUUGUGUUGUGUUGUUUCGAUAGAGAAGAUUCUUGUUGGCGGGAUGAACAAUUCCCCUGCGAGGUGUACUGAACUCGAUAUAUAUGCCAGCGUUUUACUCUUAUGACUUUGCACAAA